AUGAUCACCCGCCUGGCCUUCCAGUGUCCCGGCGCGAGCACUGGCAAUAUCAUCAACGUCAAAUCCGACGGCAUCUGCUUCGAACCCCGCUCGCUCGACCAGCUAGCCGGUACGCACUUCGACGUGCAAGGCUUCCCCAUCCCGGGAGGCGGCACCAACGGUGCCGUCGGCGCCCCCGACACGCUCGACCCGGUUCCCGAAGGUCCCGAAGCCCACUGCGACGAUGCCGACUUUAUCGAUAUCCCCGGCUACCCCCGAACCCGCGAGCAGGCAACCCAGGCAUUGCAGACGUGCGUGGACCACAUCCGCGGCCGGUUCAAGCAAGCGUGGAAGAGCGCCACGGACCUGAUCGAGCUGGACGAGGAGGUGACCAACGCAGAAGGGAGCGCGCAUCUCCAGAAAAAGGGCCAGCUGCGCAUUCGCAGGGACAUGGUCGACCUGUCGCCCUUUGCCGGCGGUGAUUGUCGCUUUGCCUUCUCCCCGUUGCACAUCAACACGUUUGCGCGCGCAAAGUGCGCCACCAUCGAGGCAUUGGGUCGUGCCCUGCACGGUGUACAGGAUUUUUAUGCGCACAGCAACUGGGCUGACGAGCACGAUGCGUCGCAGCCUAUCGGCGUGGCUAACCCGCCGGGCUUGGGGAGAAACGAUACCGCACCGUUUUUGGACCUGCGCGCCCACGGGGAGAUUCCGAGGGAACUGGUGCCGAGGAAUCUGAGUACGGGCUGCUUCGUGGUGCCGGAUGCGACCCCGGGGAGGAGCAAUUGCGAGGGGAGGGUAUCGCAUCAUACGAUGAACAAGGACCACGGGGUGGUGUAUCUUGAUGGAACAUUUGGCGAGAUUGGGCCCGGUACGCCGAGGACGGAGAAGGCGAGCGAGGAGAACUUUAAGAGAGCGGUCAUGGCCGCGGUGGAGGAUUCGCGCAAUGCUUGGAAGGCGUUGAGGGAGGAGUUGCGGGAUAUAUACGGUGCGGAAAAGGGCGAUUUGAUGAUCUGCGCCUUGGUCAGGGACGAUCCGGUCAGGGACUGCAUACCGCGUAGUGUGGCCGUCGUGAUUGAUCUGUCUACUCAGGCGAGACAGAACGGGGUGUUGCAGCUGGAGAGGCAGGUGGCGAUGAGCUUGGCUGUCAAGAUGGAGACCAGCAGUGGUCUGCACAAUAUGAUGACGGUCGUGGAGUUCGCAGAGAGCGCACGGGUGGUCUAUCCCAUGGAGAGCCCGGCUUAUCUGAACCUGGAGGGAAUCCACUGGACCAACGGCACAAUGAGACCGUUCAACGAAAACGUCCACCAUCCCCCGAACACGACAACUCGCCUGCCCGCCCAUAUGACGGCCCCGAUCCAUGACGGAAAGGCCGAUAUCGGCGUCGGGCUUUCCAUGGCUAUUGACGAGAUCCUGAGGGCAAAGCCGGACGGAGAACACACCGAACGAGGCGCCAUCCUCCUGCUUACUGCCGGCAUUGAGGAUGAAGACGAUGUCCACGAAGUGCUGCAGCAGAUCGAGAGGGCAUCAAGCGAGGAUAUCCGCGUGCACUAUGGGUGCAUCAACCCGCCGCUUCUGCCCCUCCAAUCGUUCGCCCGCAGCAAUGCAUCAUCAGUCGAGUGCCUUCCCGGUAACGGGGUCAUCUCCUCCGUGCUCAAGACAGGCGGGACCUUCUCCUUCCUUAACAUGCACCACGGAGAGCAGAGAGCCAAGGACUUCAUCGACUUCGUCACCAACCGCGGUCUCACCGUCACCGACGGCUCGGGCGCCGGCGACACCGACGAGGGCGAAGCGCUUCCCAUACCCGUCACCACGGGCAUGGCCAUCGGAGACAUUCUCAACGCCGAGGUUUCCAAGAAGAUCUUCUCCUACUCGGCCAAGGCCGGCGAGCGACUCGAUUUCACCAUUCUCGACCGUAGCCAUGCCAGCGCGGAAGCGCCAGGUGGCUGUCUCAACAUGACGCUGCUCGAUCUCAAGUCCUUAUCCGAUCCUGAGGAUAACGAUGAUGUCACCGAUACCGACACCGAAGACGAAAACGAUACCGAACCCGAGAUAGAACUUCCCUCCCUCAAAUACUGCACCCGCGACCCACCCCGCGCCCACCACCUCGCUUACUACGCAAAAGAAGACAUGGACAUCGCCUUGCUGGUCCAGCACGACGACAUUGCCGAAAGGAAACAGCUUCUUCGUGAUGUUCUUGGUGGCCUCGACACCGAUCACGGUGAUGAACAACAAAAGCCCGUGCAGCAUGAGCCCCAGGCUCAGUCUCCGGUUGGACUACUGGGCGAAAUCAUCUUCACGCUCGAACUCAAGACGGAAAUGCUUGGUACCGAUCACAUGGCUUUGCCGUUCUGUCCUACUCUGGGCGGGUGUGUGAGCACAAUGACGAGGGUAGACAGGUUCCUUUGGGGGGAGUCACGUUUUCGGGGCCGUUGUCGGGGAUAA